UACCCAAUCAAGUCAUGGCCAACCUAAACCAUCUCCAAACUCUAAUUCCACUACUUUUUCCCCUCCUCCUUGCCUCGGCCGGCCUAGCCCGGUCGCAGACGACCUCCUUCACGUACGAUUUCUACGGCGAGCAGCCGACAGACCUAAUCUACCAGGGCGACGCCCACUUCCCCUCCGACUCCACCUACCUCCGCAUGACCGACACCGACAGCUCGGGCACCCCGCUCCAGUACCGGGUCGGCCGAGCAGUGUACUCUGGGCCGAUCCAGUUCUGGCAAGCCGGGGCCCAGGUUGAUCUCGAGACCACCGUAAAAUUCAUCAUAACCCCCAAUAGCGGCGACACGAACCCGGCCGACGGCUUCGCCUUCUUCAUCGCGCCCGUCGGUUCCCCGGUCGGGUCGACCGGGGGCAACUUCGGAGUCUUCGGAUCGGGUCAACCCGCCGCCUUCGCAGUGGAAUUCGACAUCUUUUCCAACCCCGGGAUCGACCCGAGCUACCGCCACGUCGGAAUCGACAUCGGAUCGAGUGCCUCGAAGAACACGACCGACGUCGGCGACGCGAUUCUCGGGCAGGAGGUGACUGCCCGGAUCAACUACGAGCAGGCUUCGAAGGUGAUCAGCGUGAGCGUCGCCGCUGGGUCGGAGAAUUUUGAGGUGAGCUAUGUGUAUGAUCUGAGCAACCUCCUUACUCAGGAGGUGGAGGUCGGAAUCUCGGCCACCACCGGAGGUCAAAUCGCGGUCCACGACCUCAUAUCGUGGUAUUUCACCUCCACUCUUGUGCAUACCGCCGCCGGCGAGGACAGCUACAUUCGCCAAUAUGUCUGAUUUUGUGGUGUGUGACUGUGCUUAAUUAUGUCCAAAAAUAAGACUAUCUAAUUGCAGCACUUGUUAAUUAGCAAAACCACGAGAUGGGAAUGGAAUCAGACGAUCAGUGUUUGUUUUUAGUA